AUGAAAGAUUUGAAGGAAGUUGGAGGAGAGAUGGGUAAAAUCCAUUAUUCGUGUCAACCAGAGAACAGUACUAAAUCAUGCAAAGCUCGAGGAUCAGACUUGCGUGUACACUUCAAGAACACGCACGAAACGGCACAAGCAAUUAAGCAUAUGCCUUUGAAACGUGCGAUUAGAUUCCUCGAGAAUGUCAAGGAGAAAAAGGAAAUAGUUCCUUUCCGCAAGUUCAAUCACUGUUGUGGACGGAAGGCACAAGCCAAGGCAUGGGGACAUACUCAAGGACGUUGGCCUGUGAAAUCAGCUGAAUUCCUGAUUCAACUGCUCAGGAAUGCGGAGAGUAAUGCGGAAUAUAAGGGACUCGAUACAGAUCACCUCGUUGUAGAGCAUAUACAAGUGCAAAGGGCUGCGAAGAUGCGUAGACGAACUUACAGAGCUCAUGGAAGAAUCAAUCCAUAUAUGUCGUCUCCAUGCCAUAUCGAAGUGAUUCUAUCCGAAAAAGAAGAAGUUGUCGCGAAGCCCACUGAAACUGCUGGUAAAGUCAAGAAGGAAUCCAAGAAGAAACAACGCCGUAUCUUAGCACGCGGAGAAUAUUGA